AUGCCCAUAAUAGACUGGGUCUUUAGUCUGUUCCCACGAUACUCGCGCGAAAAGCGGCUUUCCAGCCUGGAACUGCUACCUCGCGAACUAUUACUCCAUAUCGGUAACCUUCUGACAACCGCUGACAUUAUCUGCCUCUGCCUAUGCAGCCGAACACAAAAUCUUUUCACAACAAGUUUUUACGACAUCAAGCCACCCCAAGACAAGUCCUUAACACUUUUAGUCCUCACAAGACUGACCCGAGACCUCCCCAAAAUGUUCUGCUGCCACUACUGCGCCAAGUUGCAUCGUAUCACUGACGUCCUCCAUCCCGCACGCUCCAUGGGUUUCCGUCAUCGGUGCCCGGACCUGGGAGUUUGGCACAGAAAAUGUCCACAACCGUCGAUUAGAUGGCUGCUAGCUGUUCACUGUAUGACCACCCUUUAUGACUUCCGUCACUGCCACCUGGUGGCUGUCUUACAAAAUCACCAUUCCGGCGGCCGAUACGGGAUCAACGCGGAGUCCUUGGCUUUCACCGAGGUGGUUGAUUACCCUCGACAACCAGCAAGAACAACUUUAUUAUCAGUGGAAGGACGCGUCUGUACACCUGCUGGAGCUCGCCAAAGACCAUCGCUAGUCCUGCAAAUACAACAGUGGGUUCUCGUCCAUGAUCUACAGGUCUUCUCCGACAGGGGUCUCGACGUUGUUCUUUCAGUACUCCACAACUGGUUUAUUUGCAACUGGUUGAGAGUGGGCCACAAGAGUAUUCAAGAUAAGAUUCGACCUGCAAAUCGGCAACGAAACCUUUGCUGGAAGGAGGCACCACUCACAGAGAUUAUGCGAUGCUCGCAUUGUGGUGUGGAGUUUCAGAUCGUCCUCCGAGACUGUGGGGAGGAUGGGACAGCAGUGACAAUUACUAAAUGGUUAGACCUUGGGGCAGGGACAGAUAUUGAUGAUCCGAAAUGGAAAAAGGCUACUUUUACUAACACGAUGGAAUCUAUAUACGAUCGUGUCGAAGCUACGGCGAGCACAGGGGAGGUCAUAUUUGAUAGGAAGACGAUACCGUUGGGCAAUGUGGUGCUACUCGGAAUCUAUGUACUAUCUAUUCCAUCGCUAGCUCUAAAUCUAUGUUAG